AUGGGAAGCAGAUUCAAGCUCGGGUGCGUCACAGCUGUCUUGGCUGCAGCUGUCGUGCAAGGCACACCAGUCAAGAGAACCAUCGGCUCAUCGUUCGGUAUCCCUGGUGCGAAUGCAACGUACGACUACGUGGUCGUGGGUGGUGGAACUGCAGGUCUCACUAUAGCGAGUCGGCUGGUCGAGCAGAAGGCUGGUAGUGUUGCUGUUAUUGAAGCCGGGACUUUCUAUGAGAUGAGCAAUGGAAACCUCAGCGAAGUGCCCGGUUUCGCAGCUUCUUACGUGGGGAAAAGUUCGACCGACUGGCAGCCUCUGGUAGAUUGGGGUUAUAUGACGACACCUCAAGCUGGAGCCAAUAACAUCACAAUGCACUAUCCUCGAGGUAAAAUUCUGGGCGGUUCUUCGGGGCGAAAUUACAUGAUCUACCAUCGCGGUACUGUCGGUAGCUACCAAAUGUGGGCUGAUGCCGUGGGCGACGACAGCUACACCUUUGACAGUUUUCUUCCAUAUUUAGAGAAGAGUGUCAAUUUUACUCCACCGAACAACAACCUUCGACUCGCCAACGCCACUCCAGAGUACGAUGUGUCUACCCUUGGACAAAAGGGACCGCUUUCUCUUACGUUUCCAAACUUUGCCUUUACAUUCGCAACUUGGGCCACCAAGGCCCUCGAGCAGAUUGGCAUUCCCGUCCGUUCAGGCUUCCAAAGCGGCGCUCUUUUGGGCCAGUCAUACACGAUGUUUACCAUUAACGCCGAAACCAUGAUCAGAGACUCGUCGGAGACGGCAUUUCUUCGCAGCAGUCUGGAUGACCCGAAUUACACGAUUUAUCACCUCUCACUGGCAAAGAAAAUUAUCUUUGACGGGGACAACACUGCUACCGGAGUUCUUGUCGACACGCAGGGUGCACAGUACUCACUGUCAGCCCGAAAAGAAGUCAUUUUGUCAGCAGGGGUCAUCGGGUCUCCGCAGCUACUCCAGGCCUCUGGUGUAGGACCUGCAGAUGUGCUCAACCGAUUCUCCAUUCCCAUCGUGGCCGAUCGACCGGGAGUUGGUCAGAACAUGCAAGACCACAUCGUCUACGGAAUAACACGACGUGUCAACACACAGACUGCGUCUUCAUUCCAGGACUCCGCCGUCCUAGCUGAGCAGACGGAUCUUUUUCUCAAUGAAGCGGCCGGCAUGCUGACAAAUCCCCUUACCGAUGUUCUGGCAUGGGAGAAGAUUCCUCCAAACUUGCGCCGAGAAAUGAGCAACCGCACACAAGGCAUUCUUGCCAGCGAGUGGCCGGCCGACUGGCCCGAGGUCGAGUACGUCGCACUCUCAUCGUACCUCGGGGACGGUAAUUCCCCAUCCACGGCCGACCCGCACGACGGGACCAACUACGCCACCUUGACCAUAGUGCCUGUGGCGCCGCGCUCUCGGGGCUCCGUCACAAUCCUAUCAGCAGACGUCACCGACCCGCCCGCCAUCGACCCGGCCUUCCUGACCGACCGUGUCGACGUCGAAGUAGCCAUCGCAGCCUUCAAGCGCGCACGCGAGUUCUGGUCAUCCGACGUCCUGGAAGACGUCGUAGUGCAAGAUGCAGAAGAAGCCUAUCCGGGCCCGCAGGUGGCUACCGAUGCCCAGAUUGAGGAGAGCAUUAGACGCAGCUUCCAGACCAUCUUCCACGGUUCCUGCACCUGCGCCAUGGGCAACUCCAGCGACUCCAAUGCUGUUGUCGACGCCCAGGCCAGGGUCUAUGGUGUGCAGAACCUGAGAGUUGUGGACGCUGCUGCGUUUCCACUGUUGCCACCGGGACAUCCUCAGUCCCACGUAUAUGCCCUGGCUGAAAAGAUUGCUUGCGACAUCUCUGGAAACUGUGCCAAGAGUUAG